AUGUCAACCACAAAUCCAACAGAAAUCACUACACAAUGGGAGGAUCAGAUGGUUAAGCGAGGAAUCUGGGCCCCAAGAGAGCAUGAGAAGAAGAAUGAGGAAAUAUACAAGGAAAGGAUAGAUGCUUUGGAAUCUAUUAACUUUUUUGAGAACGCAAAACUGGAGAAACUUAUUGAUAUUGAGGUUGAUAAAGACGAGAACUUUGAGAAAGAGCUAGAUGCUAUACGAGCUAGGAGAUUAGCAUCUUUGAAAAAUAAGGCGGAUGAAAACUCCAGAUUUGGUGAAUUAUACUUUAUAAGGAAGCCUGACUUUGUUAAAGAAGUCACGGAAGCAUCUAAAGACAACACAACAGUUGUUGUCCACUUGUAUAAGGAGUCAAAUGAAGACUGUCAAAUCAUUAAUAAACUCUUAUCCGAGACAAUAGCAAAGAAAUAUGGUAAAGUCAAAUUUGUUAAGGGUAUUUCCAAUGAUAUUGUUCCAAACUACCCUGACAAAUCAUUACCAACUAUGAUUAUAUACAGAAAUGGUACAAGCAUUUCUCAAAUAACAGGUAGUGAGAGUUUUAAAGGAAAAAACAAGAAAAUUACUAUUAAAUCUAUUUUGAAGUUGUUUGCCCAAAACAAUGUUAUAAAAAAUAGUGAAAUUACAGAACAAUGGUAA